CCGCUCGUCGGACACACACACACACGCACGUACGCAACUUCAAAACAUGAGCGCUUCUCUUAUUGUCCGGAGGUUAGCAGCUCUGUCAGGGGCUUCUGCGGUGGCAGCAGGGGCUUACGGGGCUCACGGUUUCAAAAACAAGGACCCUGACGACUACCAGAGAGUGCUAUUUGAAACAGCCAACAAAUACCAUUUCUACCACAGCCUGGCUCUGCUGGGUGCUGCCCACUGUGGUCAACCUGCUGUGGCUGGCACCCUCCUGGUGGCAGGCAUGGGGAUGUUCUGUGGCUCUCUGUACCACCAGGCCAUGACGGGGGACCCUGGUCUACGCAAGGUGGCUCCCAUCGGGGGUGUAGCGAUGAUCGUUGGCUGGCUGGCCAUGGUCCUCUGAACUGCAACAGCUCACAUCCCCUCCACAGGGCCACUAUGUGACACUAACUGUCAGACUGUUAAUGGAUGAACUGGAGAGCUUGUGAGUUAUGUCACCCCUCUAGCCGCACCCUGUCCUGGGCUGCGGGUGUCAGGGGGAGAUAAGGUCAUAACAGGAUUAUCGCUUUUCUACCAUUGCAGUCUGUUUUUGACUGGUGCCCUUGUGUUAAAAUGAAGACGCGAAUGAUUACAGCAUAUUGCAUUAUGUCACUUCAAAUUGGUGCGCUUACAUUUGUAUCAAUAUUGUACUGGGAAAUAAAACCACUAAUGAGCCAGAAGAAAUUCCCAUGCAGGUUUCUUGUACAUCUUGUUGUUGCUUUUUUUUUUUUUUUAAACUGUAUUUCAAAUUGCAGUGAAUACAGUUCCUAUAUUUCUGUAUAUUUAUACAGCAUACGUGUGGCAACUAAAGUAAAAAAAAUAAAAAAGGAAUGUGAAGAAUUUCAAAUUGAAAUAAAUACAUUUUCUUACAUA